GCCCCAUCUCUCCCCAUAUCUCCCCAUAUCUCCCCAUAUCUCCCCAUAUCUCCCGCACGGCUCGCUCGAGGUUCCACAUCGACCCAUAUCUCCCCAUAUCUCCCCAUAUCUCCCGAAAGGAUCGCUCGAGGUCCCACAUCGCCCCAUAUCUCCCCAUAUCUCCCCAUAUCUCCCCAUAUCUCCCCAUAUCUCCCGCACGGGUCGCUCGAGGUUCCACAUCGCCCCAUCUCUCCCCAUAUCUCCCCAUAUCUCCCCAUAUCUCCCGCACGGGUCGCUCGAGGUUCCACAUCGCCCCAUCUCUCCCCAUCUCUCCCCAUAUCUCCCCAUAUCUGCCGCACGGCUCGCUCGAGGUUCCACAUCGCCCCAUCUCUCCCCAUCUCUCCCCAUAUCUCCCCAUAA